AUGAAGUUUUAUUCUGUAUGGAAUUACCUCGCGUUUGUUGGUACGGACCAUCCGAUGCCUAUCGGAAUUCCUCGCGGGUGUAAUCUUGAUAAACCAUCAAAGCUUUAUAGUUUUUACUCGUCUCAAAAAAAGAGUGGUGACGGGUGUGAUACUAAUGCUUUAAUCGACGUUCCAAUUGUUAAUAUUCCAUUCAAUACAUCUAAACAUAUUAGAAAAACGCCUGGUGCUGAUAAAUACAACGAUUUGUGCGUUAAAGAGCUAUAUUCACCCAAAAAUACGAAUGAAGAUUUCUCAUUGUCGUUCUAUUCACAACCUCUGCUUUCUACUCUUUCUCGAGUUUUUUCCAAAGAAAAUUUUCAUGGUUUAAAUAAUUAUCAAAAGGACCUAUUCAAUGAACUCUGUCUAGGGAAAGAUGCACUAAUUAAUGCCGAAACAUCGUCUGGAAAAACAUUUGCCAUCUUAUUGUAUAUAGUACUUAGGUACUUCUACCAGAUACCACAAGAACACCUGAAGGCUCUUGAGUUAAGUUUAUUACUGCAAAAGAUAAAUAAUAUAAACAACACAACUUUGGAAUACCAAAGACCUAUUUAUAAGAACACUGAUCAGCGUGUAUUCGUAUUAUGUCCAACCAAGGAAUUAGCUAUUCAAUGUGCUCAGCAGAUCAUUAGUUUUUCUGAUGGAAAUGAUGAAAUAGUUCAAUUAAUCAUAGACGAAUAUGACCUCUGUCCAUUAAUCGGUAAGAAUGUAAUAUUUGUGGUUGGUUCAAGCAAUCAGGUGGAAUCUUAUCUGAUGUCUAAGGAUAAGAAACAUGUAAAGGAUUUGUUAGAAAAUGCGGCUUGUAUUGUAUUUGAUGAAAUUGACAGGUUAUUUAAGGUUCCAGGUCAAUAUGCAUCAUUAAAGAAAAAAAAACUUAUCCGAGAACAUCCAGGUUCAGCAUUCAACAUUUGUCAUACAUUGCUAUCUAUUUCAAAGAGAAAAUUACAAAUUAUUGGUGCAUCCGCGUCGAUUCCUCGCCCUUAUAUAAGAUAUCUUAACAAUUUAGUCCAGUCCUAUCGCAAAAAUAGCAAAAAUUCUAUCGCAAUUAUUAGGAAAAAUAAGCAGAACAACUCAAAACCCUAUGUAUCAAUACCUUCAACGGUUCAGCAAUUUUACGCAAUUUCAGAUUCAAAUAGCCUAGGUAAAUGCAAAAAUAAUAAGUAUGAACGUAUUUCAGCGUCAAAGAUCUCAUGUUUAGCAAGUGUCUAUGCUCUCGGAGAAAGUGAAAAAAGUAUACUUUUUUUGAGUUCAUAUGAUUCCCUUUUUUCUCUACAAUUUCACUUAAAGAAGCUUAAUAUUGAUUGCAAAAUACUGCAUCAUGAACUUGGAAUAAAGGACAACAUUCCCAAACUCAUCCCUGAUUACAAAAGGGAAGCAUCGACUAAUACGGUCGAAAUGUACAAUAACGUGAGAAAUGAGAUGUACGGUCCAACUGGAGAUGGUUCCCUCAUGUUAAUUGCCUCGAUAGACUCUGCAAGAGGGUUACAUAUUCCCCUGGUAUGGAACCAAUAUAUUAAGAUACACACCUUUAGCUUGAUACUGUGUAUAUCCUUGGGAAACCGCGGACAUUCAAAGAAUACAUGCACGUUGCUGGGAGGGUUGGAAGAUGUUCGAGAGGAGGUAAAUGUAUAA